AAAGAAAUCUGCCAUAUACUUGUAAACAUGAACUUACCGCAAAGUGAAAGUGAAACACACCUACCCAGGCUAUUGUAAUUUUCAUCCCAUAUUAGAACAGAAAGGAAAAAUCUCUACGGCAGGAUAUCAAGCCUCAGUUUUGCGUGGAUUUAAGAUGGAGAAGUAAAAUGGUGAGGAAGAAAAUACUGCUGGUGUUUGAAAUUUGUGGAAGGAUGAUGUGGGAUGGAUAAACAACGACCAAACUCUGCUAUGGCCUCUAAUGAUCCUGAGCUUUCUGAGCCCUCUGCUGACCCUCAACCUGGUGACCUCAUUGAAAUAUUCAGACCAGCAUACCAGCACUGGGCUCUCUACCUGGGCGAUGGUUACAUCAUCAACUUAACUCCUGUUGAUGAGAGCCAGGCAGCCGCCAUGUCCAGCGUCAAGUCGGUGUUCAGCAGGAAGGCCGUGGUGCGCAUGCAGCUGCUGAAGGAGGUGGUGGGAAAUGAUUCGUACCGCAUCAACAACAAGUAUGACGACAACCACACGCCUUUGCCUGUCCGUGAGAUCAUCCAGCGAGCUGAAGUCCUCAUCGACCAGGAGGUGUCCUAUGACCUGCUGGGGAGCAACUGCGAGCACUUUGUGACCCUUCUACGCUACGGGGAAGGGGUUUCUGAGCAGGCUUCACGGGCCAUGGGGGCCAUCAGUCUGGUGACGGCAGCAGCCAGUGCCUUCUCUGUCCUGGGACUGAUCAACACACGGUCCAGAAACAGGCCUUUCUGAACACUGAGAUCUGCACUGGAGGCUGUUGUUCCCCAACAUUCAUGCAACUGUAAUAAAAGAAUGUGAAAACAAAAAA